AUGGUUGUUCUUACUACAGAUGUUAUUGUUGCAUUAUCGGUUGUUGCUGCGGUUAUAGUUCUUAUUCUUUUGAUUAUUUUGAUUGUUUGUCUUUGUCGGCAAUGUGAUCGAUGUGCAAGAUGGUCACGACAAAAAGCAGUGACAAGAGAGGAAACGGUCAGAGACAAGGAGUUUGCUGAAAGUCGACGUCAAUUUGAUGAAAUUCGUCAACAACAUAAUGAAGUACGAGAUCAACUUCGUGUGAAAUACAAUCUCAAUGAUGGUGAUUCGAGAACUGUUAUUGUUUCAUAG